AGAAACGAGGACCCUGCCACCCAGCGGGAAUUGCUCAUGAACGUGCUCAGUGCGAGUGCCACGAAACGAGACGCGAAGCAGUAUCUGGCACGAUUCAACAGGCCGAGAAAGGAUUCGCAAGGCGAGAAGCCAGAUUUGUAUGCACUGCUUGAAGACCGGAAUGCGCGGAAUCGCGCGGAUCAGUCCAGGUUGGAAAAGACUGGAGUCAAUCUGGGUGGUCUGUAUGCGCCAUCUAGAGCUAUUGCAGACGUGCCGCAGUUCUCAUCCGACGAACUUUCUCGUGAACAAGCCAAAGCGGCACCGCAAGAAGAGCUUCAUGUGGCCUUGGCAUGUCUCAAAGCGCCAGAAGCCAUUGACGAAGACACUCUAGAUGGACUGGCUCGGACCAUUGCUCAGCUUGUGAAACUCGACAUGCGCAUAAUAUUGGUACUGGACAUCAACAUCAAUAAUGUCCAGGCCGAGAAGUAUGCAGGCUCACUGGUGGACGUCAAGGCUCUUCGCAAAGCUUUCGCCCAGCAGGCCGAUCGCUUGUGUGAUGCUAUUGAUCGCCACAAUUCUGAAGGAGCCCGAUCAGUUCCUAACGCACUCGAAGUGGUGGAAGACGUAUGGGAGAAUGGAACAGAAACGCAUGAGCUGCACGUCACCAUGCCAAACACACUGAUCGAUCCUUUAAAGCGCGGCAUGGUACCCAUUAUUCCUUCAUUGGCGUACACCGCGUCUGGGCAAUUAGUGCAAAUUGCAGCAGCAGACAUCAUGACGACUAUCACGAAGUACCUGAUCGGCGUUGAUUCAGCCGGGCAGCAGAUAGCAGGUCCUCCAGAACCAAUCUCGCUCGAUCGCAUAAUUGUGCUAGAUGCCAUAGGGGGUAUUCCAAGCAAAGACCGCGGAGAUGGAGCUCACGUAUUCAUCAACCUGGAGCAGGAAUUCGACAAAAUCGAGCAAGAGCUGUCAGAGUAUGCAGAUGCAGCAGAGCGCAACCACAGCCAUCCUCGAGGUUCAGCUUUCUACGAUCAGCAUCGUGACAAUCUGGAUUUGGUCCGAAAAUGCUUGCAAUUGUUACCUCCAUCAUCUUCCGCAUUGAUUACGACACCAGAGGAAGCAGCAAGCUCCUCGCGAGCGACAAAAGCAAAUACACUUGGAGCAGGAACGAGACGGCAAAAGAAUCCACUGAUCCACAAUCUGCUCACCAACAAGCCACUCAUCUCCUCUUCCUUACCAGCCGCCCGUCUAGCUCAUGCAGAAGGUGAAGAUCCGAACACGCCCGUCACAGAAGCCAGCACCGUGCUGAGACGAGGCAUGCCUUUGAUCAUCAUACCAGCUGCUGACCGGUAUCUUGGAUGGCAAAGACCUCAGGACGGCAAGAGUAUGCUGCGACUAGACGAGGACUCGCGAGUUGAUCUUCCUCGGCUAGUGCACCUCAUCGAAGACAGCUUUCGUCGCAGACUCAACGUGCAAAACUACCUCGACCGCGUCAAAGACCGCAUCGCAGGCAUCAUCGUUGCAGGACAGUACGAAGGCGGCGCCAUCUUAACAUGGGAAAUGCCACCCGGCGUGAACGACCCAAAUCGACUCGUCCCCUACCUCGACAAAUUCGCCGUCCUCCAAACCUCACAAGGCAGCAGCGGAGUAGCGGAUAUCGUCUUCCAGGCAAUGGUUAGAAGUUGUUUCCCCGGAGGCGUAUGCUGGCGAAGCCGCAAAGACAAUCCGGUCAACAAAUGGUAUUUCGAACGCGCGACAGGAAGUUGGCAGAUUCCGAAUAGUAAUUGGACGAUGUUCUGGACGGGAGAGGAUGUGGUGGAGAAUGAACAGAAGUGGAAAGAUUACGUUUCUGUGUGUGAGAGUAUUCAGGCUAGUUGGGCGGAUACUGGCAAGAAGCCUGACUAAAAAUUCCAAACAACGGAUAGAUGCAACGAAUGGAUGCUACCUACACUCCCUC